AUUCGUUAUUAAACAACAACAACUACUUCUACAAACGAAAGCCUCGAUUCAUACAUAGUUUCGGGGUUUUCUGCUUUGUGGACGACCUUUAGUUAAAUAUGGAAGAGGAAGAGUUACAAUCCUCACUGAACACUUAUAAAGCACAGUUGCAACAAGUUGAACAAGCUUUACGGGCUGCUGGUAGCAAUACAGAUCUUGAAACAUUGAAAAAUGAUUUAACUGAAUUGGUUAAUCUUACACAAGAAAGUUUGCUGUCUCUAAAGAAAAGUAAACUUUUAAAACAGCUUGAUGAAGAUUCUGCUGAUUACAGUCGUUUCCAAACAAAGGGAGCUAACCCUGUUUUGCAAGUGAACUCUCCUAGCCACAGUGGUGCCCCUUCUAUUGAUGAGGAAUAUGCGGCUUUUCAGGAAUUUUUAGGUGAUAUCGAAGAUGAAAAAACUACUGAAAAUGACAAAGAAUUACCAGUUAAAGAGAAUAUUGGAGGUGAACACUCCGUUUCUGAGAUGUACAAAGAAAUAAUAGGUACCAAAUGUCAGGCCCCAUUCUCCCAGGACUGGGGCCACAAGUCAUAUGGAAACGCUCUCAUUGUUGGAGUGGAGUCGGAGAUAGAAACGGAAAUACCAAAGGUGAAGGUUAUGUUCUGUAACCCCACCCAUCAGUCCAUGUUGCCGUGUACAUACUUCCUGUCUGGCAGCUGCAGAUUUGAUCAGGACCAAUGCAGGUUCAGUCACGGCUAUGCAGUGCCCCUUGAGGAGCUGAAAGAAUAUGUAGACCAUGACCACAGUGAAUUGAAGCUUGAGAGCAAGUGUCUGGCAAGGUUCCACGAUGACCUUUGGUACAAGGCCACGGUCGUUGACCUUCAUGACUCAGGGGUCACGGUAACUUUCGAUAGUUACCAGGAUGAUCCAGUGACCCUGCCCUGGGAGGAUGUGAUUCCAUUACCAGACAUGUCAGAUGAGCUAUCGUCCUCCUCUAAGGAAGGCACAGACGAUGACGUCGACGAUGACAUCACGGAGGUUCUUCCCAUUGAUCGGGAGGAGAGUGACGAUGAUGACGCACUUCCUGUGUUCCUAUGGAAACCAUCAAGUCACGGACUGGGUGAUCUUGGAAGGUGGGAGGAGCAUACUAAGGGUAUAGGCAGUCGUUUGCUACAGAAGAUGGGUUAUGUGCCGGGACAGGGGCUUGGCUGUAGGGGCGAGGGCCGGGUAGAACCAGUACCCAUUCAGCUGCUACCCCAGGGCAAGUCUCUGGACAGAAUUAUGACCCUGAAGGAACUGGCAGGUGACCGAGAUAUAUUCGAUGCCAUGAAGCAACAAGAGAGGAAGGACAGAAAGAUGGUGCGGAAACUGGAGCAGCAGUAUCACAAGCUGGAGAGUAGGCCGGACGUGUUUGAGUUCAUAAAUAAACGGCUUGGAGGAAAGAAAGGCAAGCUGAGUGAGCUUGUACAUGAACAUCAAGUUCAAGGUCAUUCAAAGUCAAACAAAGACGGCCGGCUACACCGCAGUAUAUCAGAGAUAGACCUCAAAGCAAAAUCAGACAAAAAUCUAAAUAUACAGCUUCUGAAAACCAGCGAGGAAAUGAAGACGGUGGAAAAAGAGCUUGUAAAGUUGAAACAAUCACUUAACAGAAAUGAAAACAGGGACAAGAAUAUUGCAACAAAAAUAAGAACCAAGAUUUCCUCUCUAGAAGCGUAUCUAAACAAGUUAAAGACUUCCGAGUCUGCCAUUGAGUCUCACAAACAGAAAAGGAAAGACCACAAAAACCUUACCACAUUUUAACAUUCAGUCUUAUAUAAUUUAAUAAAGUUUUAAAAUUUA